UGUCUAUGGAGUAUUUUCCAAAUUUCUAAAUAUACCUAAAAUCGUUAUAAUCGCGGAAAGCCUUUGUGAAACCAAAAUGACCGUUCGACUAAAAACACUGAGCAAACUGCUCCGCAGUUCUUUCUAUUAGAUUCAAUUCAAUUCAAUUUUCAACUGAGUGUUUUCUUUAAUAGUUAAGGGUAGAUUCAAUUCAAUUUAGAGACAAAAUUGUUCAUGGAGCUGAAUUUCCGCGAUCGAGACUAUAGGGGCGAAGCAGAGGCGCACGCUCUCCCUCGCGUACCUGCAGCAAUUCAUCCUCUUUCCACUCCGUCGCCGCCGCAUCACCAGGGUGACGUUGCGGACUAUGGGAAGGAUGACUUCUUUGAUCCAUUAAGGAGACAUGAUGUGAAAGCUGAUGCUUCUUCAAAGGAUUUACCAGAUGGAGUUAAAUCCCCCAGUGAAGUCUCUCCUCCUUUAUCAGAGAAGGAAUGGACUUCUUUCAGGAAUUUCUUGAUGAAAAGAUUUCCCAUUUCAAGAAUGAUUUCUAUUUCUUCAAUGUCAGGUUCAAUUAUGAAGAGUGCCAAGGGGAAUGAGAAACCAUCAACAAAUGUACAUUUAGAGGAACUUGAAGAUCCUGACACAUUUGCUGAAGAAGGGAUUAAAGUUAUCAGCCACCGGGAGUAUGUUUCUCACCUCUAUGAACUCAAAGAUGAGAUUAAUCAUGCUUGGAAGGCAGAUAACCGUGUAGCAUCUCUUAAGUUGUCAAUUAAGGUUGCUAGGCUACUAAUGGACACAUCUGGCACACAAUUUUAUCCAACUCUAUUUGUUCUAGCUACAGAUGUAAUUGAUAUGCUUGGGCAUCUAGUCUGGGAACGCAUCAUUCAAAAAGCCAAAUAUGGUGAAGAUGGAAAGGUUAUUCACUCUUUGCCUGAUAAUUUUCGGGCUAGUGAUAUCUGCACUGAUGCUAAAGAGACUUGCUAUAAUUGGUUCUGCAAAGUUGCUUCCGUCCGUGAGCUUCUUCCACGCAUUUAUUUGGAGCUUGCCUUGUUGCCUUGCUGGCGUUUCCUUCUUGACAAACCCAUGGAUUGCAUUCAUCGAUUAGUUAUGAUGAUAAGGGGCAUUUCAGAUCCUUUAGCAUCAUUUUAUUGUCGCUUAUAUUUGGUCCACUGUGCGCAAAAGCUACCAGAUCAUUCUAUAGGGUAUCUGGUAAAUUGUAUUAAUGACAUGAAAACUCUUUUCAUGGAUAUCGCAUCUAUGGAAAAAUCCAAAUAUCAGAGUCUUUCAGAAAAAAAGAUGCUCAUGGGAUUAGUUGAACCAGCUGUCGAGUACAUCAUGAAAUGCUUAUUCAAAGACUGUAAUCCGUUGCAGGUUGGUGACAUACUUGUGGGGCUUGGACUGGGAAGGAGCCAAUCAAAACUGUUUGGAAAUUCUUCUUGCAGCUCAAUUAUUCUCCAUCAUUUAUUAAAGGAACUCCCUGUAGGAAUUAUUUGCUUAAAUGCCCUAGACAUUCUUCAUCUUAUUGAGUGCAGCAAUGAUUACUCUUUUGAUCAGUCUUUGAAUUAUAAGUUACUUGGACUGCGAUUGUGUGAAAAUACAUCCCAAGUUAGCGAGGUUGAUAUUGUUAUAAAGAAGGUUAUUCAGGUUGUUUCUCGUUAUGAUAGCCUUGAUGAGUACAUUAAAGUUGUAGAUGCUUUUGCAGAAAUUAUACUUCAGAAGCAGAUGGACAGUUAUCUGAAUGUAAUAUUGGAUGGCAUAUUUGAUCGAGCUUCCAGUGAAGAGAUUAGGGACAUUGAAUUGACAAGUUUGCAAUCGAUACUUAUGAAGCUUCUUAAUCAUUUUGGCAACAUUGAUAACAUAUUGAAUAUGAAUCAUUUUAUUGACAUCUUAGAUGCGAUGUAUGGAAGCUCAAGGAACACUGUUAAUAUGAAGAUCCUUAGCAUAGCCACUGGUGAAAAUGCUUCUAUUCGAGAUCCUACGACCAUUCAGUUUCUGUUUGAAGUUUCUCGGGCUUUGCAUGAUGAAAUUAAUCUUCUCAGUAAAAGAGAUGAUGAAAAUCGAGAAGCAGCUUGUCUAAUUUCUCGUUUUGUAAACAUGGUUGACUAUGGACCUGAAGUUGAACACCAUUUAGAAUUUCUACUUGAGAGCCGUGGAGCUUUUGGCUGCAUGAAUGAAGUCAAGGAAACCUUGGUACACUCCUGCAAUCACCUAGCAAUUAAAUCUAUGAGAAAUGACAACAAACAUCCAAGCUUUGUCAAAUCUUGUGUAGCGUAUUGUGAAGUUACAGUACCAUCUAUUUCAUCAUGUCUGAAACAGUUAAACCUGUAUCUAGAAACUGCUGAGGUUGCACUGAUGGCUGGUUUAGUUUUGCACUCAGAAGGACUCUUAGAUUCAGUAUUUACAUGCUUGCACAAUGUUGACCAAUUAGAAGAGUUGCAGAUCCUGAGUUAUGGCGAUAGAGUUACUAACUUAUUAUGCAAAUUAUGCAGUCUUCUUGUUAUGCUUCCAGGUAAUCCUGAUCAAGGAGUCACAAGCAUCCACAAGAAUAUAUUAUCUUUCCUCAACUCCCAAUCUGGGCUGACAGUAGGGAUGAAGAUAAAAGUGUUAUGUGGACUUAUCCAGUCAUCUGCUGCUUUGGGCCAGAAUACACCUCCAUACCAUGAACUCCACAAGAAGAUGAAUAAUGUCUGUUUAUUCUAUGGUGAUCCAACAUAUAAGGAAGAACUUCUGCAAGUAUCUGCUGUUAUUCUUCAGAGCAUUAACAAUAUUGUUUUACUAGAGUCAAAUCAGGCUGCUCGUGGAUAUCUUGCACUUGAUGCCUGCAAUUGUAUUGCAUCAACAUUCAGUGUGUGUGAUGAAAUAUCAGAAAUGUGUUUCCAACUCUUAAAUACUGCCAAAUUAGCUGUGAGCGUGGACAACAAGUAUCUCGAGUCUACCGUGAAAUUUCUUAAUGAAUGCCAACUUCUUCCAAGGGAGGUUCACACGAAGUAGAGAUUUGCUUGCUUUUGAUGUGAUAGAAUAACACUAACGUGACGUUUGGUUUGUGGAAUACAUGGGAAUGGAAUGUCAUUUUGUGGAAUAGAUCUAUUUCGUUGUUUGGUUUGGUUUGGUUUGGUUUGGUUUUUACAUCAAAGAAUAGAAUCUCACCGAAUGGGUUAUUUCCUUUGCCAUAGGAAUAGUCAUUCACAAAGCCUUCUUUGGUAUUAGCUAUUUCUAGUCCAGUAGUCCAUUAGGAAUAACAUUUUUUUUUUAAUUUU